GUCUAAAAUGGCCCAUUAAGGCCACCGUAUAUCAGGAAGUAGGAGUCUGUACGUAGGUAAAUAAAACCAGCCGAUCGCUUUUAUCAGACAAAAAGAUUCUGUAAGGAACGUGAUAUCUUCUCACUCAGCAGUCUUCAUGUUUAGGUUGCGGUUGUACGUGGCUGUCAUAUAGAUUUGAUGAACUCCCAUCAGCCGUUUCACUGAAGUCAGUGAAGUCGGGGUUGUAUACAACACAUCGCCAUGUCGAGAAAGCAGUCAGGAAAACCUGUACGUGGGAACAGGAAAUGUGAGCUGGAGAGAAAGAGGGAUGAACGCGCAGCCCGUAGGGCUCUGGCCAAAGACCGAAAAAAUCGGCCUCCAGGAGAGGAGGAAGGAGAGGAAUUUGUUAGUUUUUCCAACCAACUCAAAGCACUUGGUCUCAAACUAAGAGAGGUCCCAGGAGAUGGAAACUGCUUGUUCCGAGCUUUGGCGGAUCAGCUGGAGGGACACUCACGAGGUCACUUGCGUCUGCGCCAGGAGACUGUUCAGUACAUGACGUCUCACCGGAAGGACUUUGAACCUUUCGUUGAGGAUGAUGUGCCAUUCACUAAGCACGUGUCAGACCUUGCAGAGCCAGGGACCUUUGCAGGCAAUGAUGCAAUAGUGGCCUUUGCUCGCAGCCAGCAGGUGAAAGUGGUCAUCCAUCAGCUGAAUGCUCCAUUGUGGGAGAUAAAUGGAUCAGAGAAGCCAUUAUGUCAGGAGCUUCAUAUAGCGUACCGUUAUGGUGACCAUUAUGACAGUGUCCGGCAGAUUGCAGACAACUCUGAGAGCCCUGCCUGUCUGCGUAUUGCGAAUCUAAAUAAUUCAAGACGGUUUGGUGAUGGGGAGAAGGACAAACAGAGAGCCCCCUCCCCUAGCCAUUCUCCCUCUGACGAUGAAGAUGUUAUCCUGAAUUCCCUGAAGACCACCAGCCCAAACAGUCAAGCGGUAAAUCCGUGCCAAUCAAUUGCAACCUCACAGACGUGCCAUGCAGAAUGGCUUGAAUCCGAGCUGAAGAACCAAUCAUCACCCUGUGGCUUUGGAACAGGGAAAAUGCCCACAAAUCAAAGUGAACGUAGUGACCGCGUGUGUCUGCCUGAGAGUGGUACCAAAUACAAACCCAAGAUGUCUAAUAAACAAAGGAAAGAGCAACAGCGUCUAGAGAAGAAGAAGAAGCAGGAGGAAAGGCACAGACAGAAAGUUCUUCAAGGCAAAGGUUCACAUGACCAUGACCAGAAUCAGAAUCUGCCUGAACCGGUUACACUUGUGCCAGCGCUCAACACUCUAAGCAUCUAAAAUAGUCUUGGACAAAUAAUUCUAAAAGGUGACUCUGCUGCUUUUUAUUCAGUUAUCCAAGUAUGGCAAGAAAUGGGUAAUCUCUACAUUGUGUAUAUGUGGAGAAUGUGAUUAAGUGCAUGGAAAUGUGCUGCCAUCUUAAUGACAAUAAGAGGAAAUUCUCUCUUUCGGGUAAAACCAUCAUGGUAUGUGCUAUGGUUGCCUUAGCUAAACUAUCAUAUCUUCACUUAUUUUUUUAAAUUCACUAUUAUUUAGAACCAAAGAACAGUCCAAACUGUAACUGGGCAGUAUGGAGAAUAGCAUUACGUUAUGGUUGAUGUUGGUGAAUUGAAAGAAAUUGUUUUUUCCUUUGACUUAUAAGGAAUUAGUUUCUGCUCCUGAUAAAGGCUGCCAACCUUUAUUGAAAUUAGUGGGGUUCUUGUUUGGUUUACAUUUUUGCAUUCCCUUACAGAGGAUUUGCCAUCUUUAUAUUUUGAAACAUAAUUACAUAUUGAGAAUAUCAGCAUGCAUUCAGUAUUUCAUGUGAGGAAUCAUUCAUUGCAUAUUCAUAACCUGAAGAAUUGUUCUGUAAUUCUAGUCAAUAUUCAUCUGUUCAUGUUACACAAAUGAGUAAGCAUCACAAUUUUAUACGGAAGUGGAAAUCUAUUUAUUUAAAAUCAACAAUAAAGUUCGGGGAGUCUUGUACAGUAUAAGACAUUGUGUAAUGUGUAUAUAAUUAAAUAUUUUACAAGCAUGUUUUUGUAAUGCAAUACAUUUGAUAUACCUUGAUUAAGACAGUGUGCAAGCAUGAUGAGUAGUUUAGCGAACAGUAGGAAAUGAAAGUGCUAAAUUCCGAGUCAUCUUAUUUACACGCAUGUUAAACUUUAAAGCAGCUCUUCAUAAUGUGGACAUUAUGCCAAUAGUUUGAAAUAAUAGAAUGUACUGUAUGUAUAAACCAUAAAAAGCAUCAAUAUCUCUGAUAAUCCACAAGGAGGCAGUAGAGGAUUUCUGUGCCGCAACCCCAUACUGGAAAUGUGCAAAGCAAAAAAAAAGCACAACCAUUCAUGAACACAUCCUGAAAUGACAAGAUGCAGGAGUAAAGUAUAAAAAGCAAAUCUUUAUGUGCAUCCCUCAGUAGACGUGUGUAGGUAGUGGAUUGUGCCGCUGAAGUUUUCUGGAAACUGAUUAAGGCCCUUCUUGACCACAAAACACAUGUUACACCCUCUCAUUAGUAGCUACAAGGAACUCAAAAUCUGUUCCUUAUUUUUAUCAACCUUACAAUCUCAUAGAGAGAUAAUUAUAGUGGCCUAAAUGAGUGGUUUCUAACCCUGAUCCUGCAGGACCCAUACCUUGCACUUUUUGUUUUGUUGUGAUGUUUUCCCUCCUCAAGUACCCCCAUGUCAACACAGGAA